AUCCACUUUCAUCUUCAGCGCUCUCCACUGUCCACUCUCUACCGAAAAAACACCUAACCCCCCCUUGCUCCACAACCCCACCACGAAGUCUUUUUGUUGUUGUUCUUCCUACUUCAUCAAUUUCUUCUCCACUUCUCCGCGCCGGCGAUUAAAAUCCCGCCGGAGAUAUGAGUAUCCUUGGGACUACUUUUUCUGCUUCUAUACGCAAUGCCCGUGCUUCCGAUCACCCCCACCACGUCUUCUUUGAAAAAAGCCUAAGCUGAAAGGCAUAAUUUUCUCUUGCAUAUCUUCUAAGUUAUUCGAUUUUUCUAAUCACGGAGGGAAAGUACUGGAUUUUGCUUGCGGAGAAAUUUGUGUCUGGGAUUAUAUUAAAUUUUGAGAGGCUUUUUGAUUGGGUGUGGUGAUCCUGUUGAGGAUUCCGAUUUUGAGGUUUUUCUCUUUUUCUUCCUUGGGUAAGGCGUUAUUGUUGUAGCUUAGUGAAGGAGUAAAAUGUGUAUGAAUUUGAUUGUUAGCCUGUGGCAUUGAUUUUUUUAAUUUGUCUGGUUCAUGAGUUUUGAAAAUUUACUGCAAGAAUCAGGACCAGAAGUCAUUGAUUAGUCAUUGCAAAUCUGUGAGUCUGUGCAAUCUAAGUAUUUGGAGAGCUCUGAAUAUGGAGCAGAACUGACACGCAGAGCUUAAAACAGAGCAUUCAAUCCAAUUUAACUUCUAACCUUCAACCUUUAGCUUCGGUCUUCUCUCCCAUCAUCUUCAUAAUCUUCAUAGCUGUUGAGCCUUUUCCUAUGAAGAUUCAACCCAUAGAUAUUGACUGUCAGACGAUGGUUCCGGCGCGGGCCGAACCGCUAAAGCCGGUGUUGAAAUCGCGUCUGAAGAGGCUGUUUGACCGGCAGUUCCCCAGUGUGCUGCGAAUUUCCUCGGUGGAAAAGCCAAGCGUCGGUGAAGCACAGAAUGGGACAAAGGAUGGAGUAGGUGCAGGGACGGAGUUUGAGCCGAGCUCAGUAUGUUUGGCAAAAAUGGUCCAGAAUUACAUUGAGGAAAGCAACGAGAAGCCGUUUCGCGGCCGUCACCGAUGCAAUUGCUUUAACGGGAAUAUUAACGAUAGCUCCGAUGAUGAAUUUGAUGUAUUCGGUGGUGGUAAUUUUGGGGAAUCGAUCAUCAAUGGGUCAUCAGUCGAUGCCUCUGAUAUCCUUAAGAGUUUGAUUCCCUGUGCUAGUGUUCACGAGAGAAACCUCUUAGCUGAUACGGCGAUGAUCGUCGAUAAGAACAAGAAUCACAAGCAAAAGGACGAUUUGAGAAAGAUCGUAGCCGAUGGAUUAAUAUCUCUCGGCUACGAUUCCUCCAUUUGCAAAUCAAAAUGGGAUAAAUCCCCCUCUCAUCCUGCAGGUGAAUAUGAGUAUAUCGAUGUGAAUAUAGAAGGAGAGAGGCUUUUGAUCGAUAUUGAUUUCAGAUCGGAGUUCGAAAUAGCUCGAUCAACUGGGACCUACAGGGCAAUCCUGCAAUCACUACCGUACAUCUUCGUCGGAAAAUCGGAUCGCCUGGGCCAGAUCGUUUCAAUCGUAUCGGAGGCAGCAAAGCAGAGCUUGAAGAAGAAAGGCAUGCACUUUCCUCCGUGGAGAAGAGCCGAGUACAUGCGAGCUAAAUGGCUUUCUUCUUUCACCAGGCAAAACGAAAUCAUCUCAAACACAAAAUCCAAAAUCGAUGAAGACGAAUGUGUUGCUACGGAGAGUAGUGACGAAUGUGGAGAACUCGAGCUGAUUUUUGGCGAAAAAACAGCGCAGGUGGGCACUGAUUCAUCAUCGCCGGCGAAACUUUCCGGCGACGAUGAUAAAGUUAACAUAGACCCGGCGACCUGGCAGCCGCCGGCCGUCAAACCGAAGAGUGUAGAUAGAGGAGCGAGGAUGGUGACAGGAUUAGCUUCUCUGCUCAAAGAGAAACCAUAAAAAAUUUUGAGUUUUUUUUUUUUUCCCUUAAAUUUUCCAGGUAUAAAAAAAUAUAUAUAUUAAAAGUGAAAUAUAUCAUCGGAUAGUGUUUAUCGGUACGAGCUCUGUCUUUCCUUUUUUUUUUAUUAAAAAAAUAUCCUGAGCUUGCGAGGGUGUUGUAAUAGCCAGAGCCAGAGGCAGUAGCACUAGUAGAGAAUCUAUCAUCAUCAAUGUAAUAAAAACUUUUUUAUAAAUAGAAAAACAAAAUGGAAAUGAAUUAUAUUUUCUGAAA